CGCCGCGGCCUCGACACGCACGCGCACUGGUGCGCACCGGCUCCAGGACUCGGACACCCCCUCCCGAUAUUCGUGCGUGCACGCGCCGCGCGCGCUCGCGCGCCCACCAUCUCGGUUUCCCCGCGUUUGGUGCAUUGCCUGGCGAAAUCGGUCGUCGUUGUGUGCUUCUGCUGUUCGCCGUUCCCGCGUGGUGCACGGCCGCCGGCGCGCGGUGUUUGCCAUUGUGGUCGUCUUCGGUGGUGGAGUAGCCGAUGGAGCGGCGGCAUGAGGACUGACGGAGCUUCUGGCGACUGCCAUGGUCCACAGCCCUCUCGCGGCGCACGACGCUCAGGGUAGCGCUGGCAGGCACCAAGCUCUGCUCCUCGACGGCGACCGAGGUUCCCCGACGCAGUCUUCCAGCCCUCUCGACUACCGGUGUCACGCGAGUCCGACGCGACCGAGCCCGUCUCCGCGCGAAGCUAUGGGAUUGUCUGAUCGGGGCGACCCGCCGUGCGCCAACGAAGGGCCCGAGCUGCCGUCCGCUGCCGUGCACGCAUCUCCCAGGGCUGACCUGCUCUGCCACCGCAUCGCCUCCUCCGUGCCCGGAUCUCGACUCGGCGGCACCGACGAAGUCUCCUCGGGCGAUCGCGCUACGGCGCCGAGGCAUUCCGCGCACCAGCACAGUCCACCGUUGAGCCAGCACCACCAGUCUCAGCAGCAACAGCAGCAUCACCAGCGGCCUCCGCACCAGUCACAGCAGCACCAGCACCACGGUUCGUCCGGAAGGACUCCGAUGGUGAUGCGAGCCGACAGCCCGCAAGAGAUGAGCGACGACUUCCCGAAGCGAAAGCAACGACGCUACCGAACCACCUUCACCAGCUACCAGCUCGAGGAACUGGAGAAGGCCUUCGCCAGGACCCACUACCCGGAUGUUUUUACCAGGGAGGAACUGGCGAUGAGGGUGGACCUGACGGAAGCGAGAGUUCAGGUCUGGUUCCAGAACCGGCGGGCCAAGUGGCGGAAGCAGGAGAAGGCCGCGGGCAACGCGCUGCAGUCGCAGGGCUACAACCCGUACUCGACGGCGCAGUCGCUCAGCUCGUCGACGCCCACCAUGGCGGCCGGCGGCCACCCGUCGCCGUCCGUUGCCGCCGCGGCAGCGGCCGCGGCCGCCUUCGGCUCUCUGUACGGCCGCAAGCCCCCGACAGCCGGUGCCCAGGAGUCGGCUCUGUUGAACGCUGCGCGGCUCUCGCCCUACAUCAACUCGGCGGCGGCAGCAGCGGCCGCGAUGCCGCUGCUGACGCCCGGCCACGCGUUCUUCCCGAUCAGCCCGUUCGCGCACUUCCUGCCGCCUUCGCUGCCGGCGCUGUACCAGACUCCGGCGCCCUUCCAGAACUGGCUGGCCACGCUGUCCGUGCACAACCGGCAGCGGGUCGACAUCGCGCCGCCCGACGUCGUGCCGCCUACCACGGCUCCCGUGCUGCCGCCGUCCCCUCCGUCGUCUCUGCUCCACCAAAGAGUGCCUCCGGCCGUGGCCAUACCGCCGCCGCCACCGCCGCCUCCUCCGUCCAGCGCCGCGGCUUCGACGGCAGCGCUGGUGCCUCCACCUCCUCCGCUGACUGCCGCGGCGGCGGCGCAGCGGCCUAUCCUGGGCGGCAGCAGUCCAGCCAGGUCUUCGUCCAGUGUGUCCCCUGGUGUGACGGCGUCCACUCUGUCGCCGUCCGCGUCGCCUCCGACCACCGGCGGAGGCCCCGAUCGCCGAAGCUCGAGCAUCGCCGCGCUUCGCAUGAAGGCUCGCGAGCACGAGAUUCAGCUCGAGAUCAUGCGCAAGACGAACGGCGAGAUCGCUAGCUAACCAGCGAGCGACACAGAAGAGAACGCUGGAGACCUACCUGCGUGCCCCAUCCUGCCCACCGUUGACUGUACUUGGACUGAGUGCUCAACACUGAGGACUUCCGUCCUGUCGUCGUCCGUGACGGCGACCUUUCAUGUGCCUUGUCGUUACAGCCGUCCACCGCGAAUUUUUGCGGACGAGUGCUUAGCGCGUCUUUAAAGGUGGAACCUGCGUGAGCUUUCAGACGUCCAACGCUGAAAGACAUCUCAAGGUGCACGAAGCGAACGGCGGCACCUUCGCGUAAUAUGCACUAUGGAAGGGACAACCACCUUGGAACGUCCCGUGCAGACUCGAAAUAAGCUGUCUUGGGACGCAAAAUGUGACUGGAUCAACGAGCCAAGAUGACCUGAAUUAAUUCGUUUUAAUUUAUGCCGCACGUCUCUUGACGUUGAAGUGUGUGAUAACAGUUGUCUGAAUCAUGGAUUCCGACGUCGAAUUUGUCUUAUGUGCAGUGACUACGUGCCUUGCGAUGCUUGCAGGACGUAUCUUGUGUGCCGAUAAAAAGACAAAAACUUACACUCCUUAUACGAUACCAAAAAGAAGGAUGCAAUGGGACCAUUUCCUUUUUUUUUUCUACUUUUUUGUGUGUUUGUCAUGGACUUAUGUGCAGUGGUCGCCUACUUUCAGCCGAUAAUGUGUCAAUGCUUGUGAUCCGUGAUGUACAGUAUUUCAUCUUGCCUCUCAUUGCCUUUGAAUCGUGUAUUGUGUAAAUGGCGCUAUUUAUAUUUCUACUUGCGUAUUCGCUUUUCUACACAGUUCUUUUAAAGAAACAAAUGCACGCAUUUGUAUCAACAGACACGCGUACAUAAGAUUCCUUGUUUGCCUAAACUAUUUUACUAUUAUACUUUUCCCGUUUUCUGAAAGACAACAGUGAAGAAAUAAAAUAAUCUGACGUGUGCCUUACAUUAUGCUGCGGAAACGCUGUGCUGUGGUUGAAAUCCUCGCUUCACCUACGUAUGCCUGUCGAAACUCGACAGGUACACGGAUAAACUUUCAGUAUCAUCUGGGCAUGACUUCCAGAAGCAAUAUUUUGACAGGCUAGGCUGACUACAGCAAGCAUGCGUUUGCGCGCAUGCAUAGUAGGAUACGUAUUGCAGGUAUUAGUGUCGCCAACAUAACGCCAUAACGCGGUUGACCAAUGAAUAUCUUUGAGUGCAUUCAGAGUAUAGUGCGGAUGUGCCUUAUAGAGUAUGUGGAAACGCUAGUAGCGGAUUCAGGGUACAGAGCCAGGAUUUAACUACAGCACUUUGGCCGGUGUUAAAGAAAACUACGAGCUGUACCUAGAGAACUAACAUGGCCAAUACAUCAAUGGUCCUGUACAUCUCGAAACCAGGGAUCCAAAAUGUGACAAGAUCAACGAACAUGACAACGACAGUGAAACAUAAAUGCCUAGAAUUUGAAUAUUCGAGUUCUUUCGACAGAACUGACAUGUAUGUGUAUAGGGUGAUCAUUGUUAAGUUUUGUGGAACUUUUAAAAAUCACCUCUUGCAAAUAACAUAAUUCUAGUUCUUGAGCUGGAUUAUUCAAAGAUGCGGGCAUUACUUGCACCAUAAAAUGAAACACAUAAUCAACUAAUUAACAAAAAUAACUAAUUAUCUUCAUAAUUAUUUUGCGCCACAGGUUGCAAUUCACGAAUUGUAGCAGGUAAGUUUGCAAGGCGUACCCGCUUAGAAUGAAUUUCCAGAAUGGCACUAGUUACAAAAUAUACGCCAUCAAAGUCGCCGUAAAAAUGCACUGUUCCACUUUUUAAAGAAAGCCGUCUUCUUUGCAUUCAAGCACAAAAGUAACCGGAACGUCCAUGUAUUUCGUCCCACACUUUGGGAAAUAAUAUCUUGAAACUGGUGUCAUCGUGGAAAUUCAUUUAAUGUGGGUACGUCUUGCAAGUUCACCAGUUACAAUUCGUUAAUUGCAGUAUGGGCCGUAAUGUAAUUAAAUAAGAAGUUAAUUGCUGAAGUAUAUGUGUCGAUUUCUCAUGCUAGUUAUGUCCGCCUCUUCGAAUAAUUCAGCUCAAGGACAAGAAUUGUAUUAUGUAUAACAGGCAAUUAUUAAAUAUUUCGUAAAAAUUAAAGAUGGUCACCCUGUAUAUAUGCUUUUUUUUAUAAAUAUAGUGGUCCUCGAAUUUUAGCCCAAUGCUUACUCCUCCGUCCACUCAUUCAAGUAGACCCAUGGCGAGGCUCACGCAAAAUUGUGCUCAGUUAAGAAGAAGUGAAGCUGGAACCGCGAAAAGCAAAAUACACGCACACUUGUAUUGGCCAGAAAUUACCAUUUAAAUUUUGUAUAAUUGACACGGAUUUCGAAAUCAGUCGAAAAUUUGAUGGGUCGUCUUAGAAACAACGUAGCUAACUCUGACUGACAGUCAGAGUUACAUUGGAGUUAAAGCCAGAAGAACGAAGCGAUACAGCGUUAAAAAACAUUAACGGGAAGGAGUUCGAGCUAUCCUGCGUUAAACUUCAUGAUAGACACCGAUCGUUGGAAAUAUCUCGCAAGAUCUCUCGCCCCGUUCUUUGGAUGGAUAAAAAUGGCUGGCGUUUUUUGAAGAAGUGAUUAAAGGGCAAGAAUUAUGGCGCAGAAUAAUGUCGAAGUUUUGAACUCAACAGCAAAUUUGGUUUUGAAAGUGAAACGGCCUUGAGUGUGUCCGAAACCGAGCAGCACUGCUCAAUACCUCGUCGUGCCAAAUAGCACGUAUCAUGCGCCGUAUUAGGGCAGCGUCGAAACUCGGCAAAAACCUACCUUUGCGCACGUGUCUAUGGUAGGGGCUUUUAGCGUCUGGUGCUUUAUCUGGCCGAGGGCAAAUAAAAUGUCGGUGUGGAGAGUCGCAUGCGCAAACCAGGCGCUUUCUUUAGUAUACAAGUGUAGAACGGAGUGUUUAGGUUAAGGAACGUAAUUUAAGCUCGUAAAAUAUGUACGCAAACUGAAAGGCUUGCGCCGAAGUGCUAAUCCGGCUGCACGUAAUGCGGUGUACUUUGUCUUUCAUGCGCGGAAGAAAGAACAAGUGUUUCUUCUGUUUCCUCGGAAGGCUCGAUCGUUAACGAGCAGUCGGUCUUUGUUUUAGCUCGUGUGACUUUACUAACAAGAACAAAGAAAAAGGAAGCACGGGUAGAACUAGACUCUGCAGCGGGGACAAUGGGAACGCUAAACGAUAAUUCAAGAACAUUUGUAUAGUCUGUCUGUAGAAAUCGUAUUCUCUCUACGGCCUCGGUAGGCAGAAAAUUUCCAACGCGUACUAUCGCGCUCGAUAUUAAGUACAACGCGCGCUCGAGCGCUUUGUCACGAGCUUUCGCGUUAUAGUUCAUACUGCACGCCAAAGUACGCGUGUAUAUAUGCACGCGAAUUUGAUUGCGAGUGGCCAUGCGAAAAAUUUUCCCGAUGCUUCUGCUUAGCCCUUCCGCGUUCGACUUGAUGAAUUUUGCGAUCCACCAUUGCCUGCAUACCAUAUUUGCUUGAUUAUCAGCCGAACGUGGACGCAUGUAAAAUUCCUAAAAUCUAGAAUAAAAAAAGAUCAAUUUACAAGCACGACAAACGCCUGUCAUCUUAGGUUAUGCCGUUUUGUGGGUGUGCAUAUAUGUUUGGUGCCUCCAUAAAUUUAUCAUUCCUUAGUCGCCGCCACAAAGGUGACACUUGAUAUGGGCCCAUAUAUAGUUCAAAAAAGGGUUAGGCGGUGUCCACUUGCGUUCAACAGAACACGGCAGAUUUUCCGGUCAACCUAGGUUUGUAUAUUAAAGAAAUUUUCUUAGGUGGAAACUGUUUGUAAGAGCAGGUGUCAUUCCAACGCGAUGACGGGCAUAUUAUUAGACAAGGCGGUCGGCCAGUGGCAAACAACACUUACGAACGAAAGGCUUUGUGGAUUCGGCCCCUGAUUAUUACCAGGCAGUAAAUAAUCCAGGGUUACCGUUGAUUCGUCAUUGGCGCAACGUUUAUUUAUCAGGUCUUUCCUUCGGAACAAACCUGGCCAAGUUUUACCGAAGAAGAUCGACUGAGCAGCGGACGUACCACAUGAGUGCAAUAAAAAAAAAUAGAAGCCUAUGGCUCCGUUAUCUUGGCGCUAACAGACACGAAGGCGCCAAACAAACAAACAAGCCAACAAACAAACAAGCAAAAACAUCGUGCUGAAAUGUUGAAACACGCUCUUAGCUGCACGUAUACCUCAGGGCUGUUAACAACAGCAUGCUGUUUCUAGCUCAGCACGCUGUUCUGUCCUAUUCAGGAACAUUCACUCGUAUUUGGGAGACCGGCUUUUUUCAUUGUGCAGUAUAUUAUACAAUUAUGAAAGGAGAAAGCUGCAUGUUGUGAAUCAGGUAGCAAGAUCUGUGUUUUCGCUGCAUUUCUUGUGGUGUCCUUACGGUCAUGUCACAGGAGUAGAUCCUUUUUUCUUGUAAUGUUUUUCUCUCAAACUUUAUUUAAUUCAAUUCAUCAAGUAAGAAUGACAUCGAUAACAGGAAAUGACGCUAGCUGCCUUUCGCCACCUAAACAGUUGCCGUCAAUCUUGUAUCAUUUAAAGACUAUGCAGGGUGCGAAACCAAUUUAUUAACUGUGUUUUACCAUGUGAAGCGACGUGGCUUGAUGUUAACGAAGCUCCGUGGCUCUCAGAAGCAACGCAUGUGGAGCCGCUAGAUGUAUGUAGAUGCAAGUUCACUUCGUUUUUUUUUUUUAUGCCAGAGAAUUGCAUUCAUCGAAGAGUCUUUUCAAUGCUGAAUUUUACGUAAUCUUGUACAUUCCGCGCUUUUUGGUUUGUUGGGAUAAUAAAAUAUGAGAAGCGUCUAUAUUUCAUAAGAA